GUGGAUCUGAGUCCAGCCUCAGAGGAUGGCUCUAAGCAUGAUUUCAGAUUUUCCAUUAAUAAAAUUCGUGAGGUUCAUCUGCGCAAAUAUAAUCUGAGACGCAGUGCUUUGGAGAUCUUUCUGAUAGAUCAGACCAGUUACUUCCUCAACUUUACAACUAAGACUCGUAACAAAGUCUUUACCAAAAUUGUGGGUCUUCCAUUGCCAAAUAUAUUAUACGGUUCCGGAAGAUCUCCGCCGGAAUUACUGCGUGCAUCUGGCCUAACACAACGCUGGAUCAAUCGUGAGAUAUCCAACUUUGAGUACUUGAUGUACUUAAAUACCAUUGCUGGUCGGUCGUAUAACGAUUUGAGCCAGUAUCCCGUCUUCCCCUGGAUUCUUGCGGACUACACCAGCGAUGUGCUGGAUCUGACGGAUCCCCGAUCAUUUCGUGACUUGUCCAAGCCCAUUGGAUGCAUCAAUCCCAAAAACGAGGCUGAAGUGCGCAGCAAAUACGAUUCCUUUGAGGAUCCCUCGGGUGCCAUACCAAAGUUCCACUAUGGAACACACUAUUCCAACUCCGCCGGAGUUCUCCACUAUCUACUUCGCGUUGAACCGUUCACCUCGCUGCACGUAGAUCUGCAGAGCGGUCGCUUCGAUGUCGCCGAUCGACAAUUUCACUCGAUUCCACAAACGUGGAAACUGCUCAUGGACAAUCCCAACGAUGUCAAGGAGCUAAUACCCGAAUUCUUCUACUUUCCAGAGUUUCUCAAGAACAUGAACAAAUUUGAUCUGGGUCACCUGCAAAUCACCAAGGAGAAGGUCGACGAUGUCAUCUUGCCAGCUUGGGCGACCACGCCAGAGGAAUUCAUUGCCAUACAUCGCCGUGCUCUGGAGUCGGAAUAUGUUAGUCAGCAUUUGCAUCAUUGGAUUGAUCUCAUUUUUGGCUACAAACAGAAGGGACCCAAGGCUGUGGAGGCACUCAAUGUGUUCUAUUAUUGCUCCUACGAGGGCGCCGUUGAUCUAGAUAAAAUCACCAAUCCCAUUGAACGGGAAGCAGUUGAAGGCAUGAUCAACAACUUUGGCCAGGUGCCGUCACAGCUGCUGCGGGAGCCACAUCCACGUCGCCUCACCCAGGAGGAGACAUCAAUUAAGCUGGUGCGUGCUGAGCUCAGGCGACCCGAUUUCACGCAGUUCCUGGACAAGGUGGUGCAGUAUUACUGUGAGCUGUCCACGCCCAAGGAUCCUAUUGUGUAUCUAAGUCCUCCCCGCAGUCCGCCACGCAGUUUUCUUCAGCUAAGUCCCGAUGUGCUCGUCAGCGUAUCGAAAUCCUGCAUCCUGGGCUGCAAUUCGUGGAUGUCCUACGACAAGGAGCAAGGAUUUCUGCUGGAAAUCGAUGCCACCACCAAUAAUCUUAAAAACCGCAAGCGUGUCUUUGGACCUUUCCACUCCUCACAGCCGCCGCACUCGCAAAACUUUGCGGUCAGCACCGAUGGAAAACUCCUGUAUGCCGGAGGCAUCUGGGAUAAUGCGCUGCGUGUCUAUAAUCUGAACAAGGGCAAAACUGUGGCCUCUGUGACACGACAUCUGGACAUAAUCACCUGCCUGGCGUUGGACAAUUGUGGCUCCUAUCUGGUCACCGGCUCUCGCGACUGCACGUGCAUUGUGUGGAGCAUACAGGGGAAUCAACAAGGCGGCGGACCCACGUCAAAUAUUCCAGUGCACGCAUUGACGGGACAGUCGCAUCUUCAAGCCAUCACCCAACUCAAUACGCAGAACAGUUACUCGCCCAAGCCGCUGACUGUGCUCUACGGACACGAUGAUGCCGUUUCUAGUGUCGCCAUCUACACAGAGCUGGAUCUCGUUGUCUCCGGCUCACUGGACGGCACUGUUAAUGUGUAUACACUGCAGGAGGGACAAUUUGUGCGUACGCUUAAACCAAUUGGCUGCACUGAAUCCUGCGUGCAAAUCUCCUAUGUAACUGUUUCAUAUCAUGGUCACAUUGCCUUCAGCGCCUUGGAUGAUACUUCGCAUUCGGUGCACGUUUAUAGCAUCAAUGGAGCUAGCCUCGGAUCCAAAUAUGUCUCUGGUCGCGUAACGGGAUUAGCCUGUGCCUCCGAUUACCUCGUCGUGGCAGACGAUGCCGGUGACAUUACCAUGAGUCGCCUCAAUGGGCUGAAGCCCGUGUUUGACAUUCCGUUGCAUGUGCCCGUACAGACGGUGGUGGUGACUCCGGGAAACACCCACAUCCUGGCUCCACUCCGGGAUGGACGCCUCGCUGUGGUCGCCGUGCAGUUGCCCAGUGGCGGCAGCAAAAAGCAUUCCGUGCUCAAUGUCUAGACUUGAGGAAAUAAUUUUAAA